UUGUUUCAGAGACUGUCGGAAUAAGGUUUAUAUUUUUUUUUGUUAUUAUUAUUUAUUUUUCGUCUCUGUGAGUCAAAUUUUGUCGGAAAGCAUGUCUUUCUUCUAAUAUUCUCCCAAAAAAAGGAAAAAAAAAAAAAAGAAAAAUCGUAUUUUCCAUGGCCAAACCGAAAGCUCCGAGACGAACCCUAGACUCCUACACUGUCAAGCACAUCAACCGAACCAUUAAAGCCGGCGACUGCGUGCUGAUGCGGCCGUCGGAUCAGGGGAAGCCGUCGUACGUGGCAAGGAUCGAUCGGAUCGAGGCGGACAGCCGCGGCGCCAACGUGAAGGUCCACGUGCGGUGGUAUUACCGGCCGGAGGAGUCCAUCGGCGGCCGCCGGCAGUUCCAUGGAUCCAAGGAGGUUUUCCUCUCCGAUCACUACGAUGUUCAGAGCGCCGAUACUAUCGAGGGGAAGUGUACGGUCCACAGUUUCAAGAGCUACACGAAGCUCGACGCCGUCGGAAACGACGACUUCUUCUGCCGUUUCGAGUAUAAUUCCAGUACCGGUGCUUUCAAUCCCGACCGAGUUGCCGUGUAUUGCAAGUGCGAGAUGCCUUACAAUCCCGACGACCUAAUGGUUCAGUGUGAAGGCUGCAGCGAUUGGUUUCAUCCUGCUUGUAUAGAAAUGACACCAGAGGAAGCAAAACGACUCGAUCACUUCUUCUGUGAAGGCUGUUCUUCCGAGGGUCAGAAGAAGUUGCAGAAUUCACAUAAUGCUUCCAGACAUUCGGAUACAAAGGUGGAUACAAAACGGCGUCGAAGGUAACUUAGAAUUGCAGUGUCAGAAUUGGUGAUUGUGCGUCUGUCUGUCUAAUCUUCUAGUAGAAUUCACACGAACCUGGUCGUUUUGUCUGCAUAACACGCAUUAGCAUUUGUCAAUGGCAAGGGGUAGAGAAAGCUGCUUUGAAAAAACCUGUGUUUUCUGUAUUGGAAGACGUAGUCUCUCUGUAUUAUUCCAUGGUCGAGGAUGUAUUUGGUUUCUUCUUAAUUAUGGUGAUGUAAAUACUCUCUCUAGAGUUGUGAAUACUUAGUCCGAAGUACUUAUAUUAUUAUUAGUAACAGAAACAAAAGUUUUUACAUGUACACCCUCUGACCCUUCUCUAGCAGCAUUGUGGAAUAAUUCAGGAACCUAACAUCAAUUUGUCA